AUGCGUGUGAUUUUGCAGCUUUGUGAACUCUACUUGACAAACUCUCUGGACUAUGAACGAACUCCUCGCUACUUCUUAACAAUUGAAGCAAAAGACGGCGGUUCACCGCCUCUUAGCACGACUACAGUUGUCACUAUCAAUGUCGUGGAUGAAAACGACAAUUCACCUUACUUCAUCGGUCAAGAUGUGACAGUUGUUGGCAACUUCUCGGAAUCAAGUACCUCUGAAACUCCUGAAAUUGGUGUCUAUUCAUUUGAAGUCUACGAGAAUAGUCCUGUUGGAACUCAAAUAGGCAGAGUAACAGCGAGAGAUCCUGACUUAGGAGAAAACGGUCGUCUUUCCUUCUCAAUCUGUGAAUCUAUGCAGCCUCCUGGUGAAGUUAUGACUGUUGAGAUCUCCUCACGGUCUUCGUCUACAACUGGUGUUGGGCGUCGUUUUGAAGUUGGUGAGUCGCGAGGGGAAAUAAAUCUACUUUUCUCACCGGACCGCGAAGUUGCAUCCCUCUACGAAUUUAUGGUUUGUGUUGUUGAUCAUGGCGAACCGCCCAGAUCUGCUGUCACAAAGGUUCAAGUAACAAUUCGGGAUACUAACGAUUGUCAACCGCAAUUUGAGCGAUCAAAUUAUGAAUUCUACGUUCAGGUGAAUCGCAAUGGCAAUGUUGUCUCUACGGAUCAACUUGGUAGCUCAGGUAACGUUUCACGAACAGAGGACGCUGAGAUCCUGCUUGGACAUUUGGCUCUACGUGAUAUGGACGCAUAUCCAAAUUCCGGUCCCUUCAAAUGCAAGUUGACAGGAUUUGUUGGUUCGUCGUCGGUGGGCUCCUGGGACACAUCUACACCCCUUUUCAUUGUCAAAACUGUCUCUGCUUCCCUGGAUGCCUUUUCGGGGGAAUCUGAUGUUGCUCCCACUCCCGCUGAUAUGACAUUCUUCCAGAAUUUGGAUGCUAAUCAAACUGGAUUCUGUUCUUUAUAUGCCGCAUCAACACUACCGCUGGGAAGCAAGAAUCUGGUUGUAAGGGCACAUGACAGCGGGAUGACUGCUCUCCACUCAUCCGUAACAAUCACCGUUCAUAUUUCACGCCAAUCAAAUCUUCCUCCAGAGAUUGUCAGUUCAAAUACUACAUUGGUGAUUUUCCGGGAUACGUCCAGUUCCACUGCUCCUUCACUCAAGCGUCGAUUUGAUCUUGAUAACUCGAUAUCAGCCACAAAAGCACAGAAGGCGCAGGAUUCACCACUAAUGAAAGUAACAGUUCGAGAUCGUACUGCCUACGAUCAUCUCUUCUUUGAACUUCUACCGAAUCCUUUUGCAGCUCACUUCAUUAUCGACCAGUAUGAUGGAAGCAUCUAUGUGAAGUCUUCUACUUCUGGACCCAUGGAGUCUGGAGUUUCUGCAACGAUUGAGAAAGAUCCUUCUCUUGAAUGGUUGGAGCCUUCUUUGCCGCAACUUCCCGUCCUAGCUCAGCUCAAUUCAGGAGAUUAUAAACUGAGAGUCAGAGUGGCAAAUGGGUCACUGAGCUCAAAUGGUACACUCCACCUGAAGGUUAUAACCGUGACAGAAGAAAUGGUGGAGGCGGCUUGUGUUCUUCAUGUCGCUGAUAUAUCUCCCAAUGAACUAUUUCUUUCGAAUUUGAAUGAAGUAAUUCUUCAGGAGUUAGCCGAUGGACUUUUCAAGCAAUCUACUCCUAAAGAACGGGCUCAAGCUAAAGACAACAUUUUCUUAAUCUCUGUUCAGUCUGGCUCUUCAAUGAUGCGUAUGCAGAAGCGAAGUGUAGGCGGUGGAUCCGAUAUGUUGAUUGCUGCUUAUGCUCAAAGAGAGAAACGGUUCAUUGAAUCAAGCCAACUGGUUCAGAGAAUCCAUGCACUGCAAGCUAAUCUCUCGAAGAGUGUUGGGCAUCAAUUGCAUGCUUACAACAGCCUCUGUGCACAAAAGGUAAUGCCUUAUUUUAACUAG